AUGUCUGACGCAAUAGCUUCAAAGGAAGAGGUGGCCUUGGUGUUUGACAAAUUGAAAAAAGAUCCUGCCAACCAGGUUUGCUUUGAUUGCUCCAAUAAGAAUCCUACGUGGACGUCCGUUCCAUUUGGUAUAUUCUUGUGUUUGCAAUGUUCCUCGGUUCACCGUAAUUUGGGAGUGCACGUUUCAUUUGUCAGGUCUUCCAACUUGGAUAGUUGGCAGCGUAUGCAGUUGAGAAACUUCAAGUUUGGCGGUAAUCAGCCGGCUAAGGAUUUUUUUGUCAAGAACGGAGGCUCCCAAUUUGUCAACAAUAAGCAAGGUGUUGAUGCAACGGCAAAGUAUUCCUCCCCCGCUGCUAACAAGUAUAAAGAAAAGUUGAAGCAGAAAGCCAAUGCUGAUGCAAUCAAACACCCGGAUGUUGUUACGUUGGACGAUUUGGCUGAUGCUUCGCUGUUAAACGUUUCGUCGACUGAUAGUACUGACGAUUUUUUCUCAAACUGGACCAAGCCAGUUGCUACUGCUACGCCAUCUCCAUUGGGAUCGCUAAGUGGAACACCAAUCGGAUCCACUGAUGAUUUGCUGAAGAAGAAGCCAGUGUCGAGAACUAGCACACCCACACCAACUGCCACGGCUGCUACUGCUACUGCUACUGCCACUGCAUCCUCACGUUUAAAGAACAACAAUGCAGCUAAAAAGUCUAUUUUGUCAUCAAAAGGAAACGGGCCACGAAAGUCGAGAUUGGCGGCAAAGAGAAUCAAUAAAAACGACGAAGUUAUCGAUUUUGAUGAGAUUGAAAGAAAAGCGCGUGAAGAGGAGGAAGAACGUAAGAAGUUGGGCUACACACCUGAAGAGACCACACCUCCUGUUCCAAGCACACCAUUGGAGAAGAAAUCCACCAGCUCGUUGUCGUUGAAGCUGGACCCCAAAAACGAGAAAUUGGCUCCAGCUCCAAUUCAAGAAACUACCCAGCAGUUUCAAAAGUUGGGAUUUGGUAUGGUUCAAGGUGAUAAUGUUGUUAGUAACGGACCAGCUAAAAAGUAUAAGGAUAUCAAAUACACAGGAGAGGUGUCAAACAAGUUUGGAACCCAAAAGGGUAUCUCCUCUGACGAAUUUUUUGGAAGGGGACCUCGAUUCGAUGAAAAUGCUACAAACGAAGCGAGGGCUAAACUACAAUCUUUCAACGGAGCUCAAUCCAUCUCCUCCUCGUCCUAUUUCGGUGAAGAAGAUGAAGCACAGGGGUUGGCUGCUGGAGGCAGAGCACGUGGUGGAUCACAAGGAGGUAUUAAUUUGGGUGAUUUGGAGUCCAGCGCACGAGAAUUUGCUUCCCGAUUCUCUGGAAAUGCAAAUGAGGAUAUGGAGGUGUUGAAGGAUGCGUUGGAAGACGGUGCCACCAAAUUGGGAUCGUACUUGAGAGACUUCCUAAGGUGA